AUGACGGCCGCCAUUGUCACGCGCACCCCUCUACACACCCUUAGCAUGACCGGCGCACAAACAAACGGAAUCAAGAGAAAAAGUCUGCGGCACCACAACGACCACCCGGACGAGGAUGCCCCGCCAAACAAGAAGCCAAAGGCGACAAACACCACCACAUCCUCGAGGAACGCGUCGCAAAGCACGGUAAAGAAGGCCAAGAAGUCCUAUGACAGCGACGACGAUGGUUUUGUCUUUACGCGCCUUCGUCCCAAGAAGGCCAAAACAAAGACGCCAGAUGUAGUCCCCGAGUCCGAAACCGCAGCUGGAGCUUCCGCGACUGCCCCCGAGGUACAGUCUGUACAACAACCGCAGCCGCCAGUAGACGACCACGCGCCGAUAGAAGCUACUCAAAUGCCGAGGAAGAAGCCCAGAAAGACGCUACCUACGAGUCCCGAACCCACCCCGCGACGACGUUCCAAGCGCUUGUCUGGUAAUAGCCCUGUACACGACCAAGCACCGGCAACAUCGAAAUCGGUUAUCGAGUCGCAAUCACAACAGAGGAACCCCGCCACACCACCUCCUGCACCUGCGGAUCAGGAAAAUGUCGCGCCGGCAGCGGAUGGCAGUCCUGCUCUGGACCAGGGUGAAUUGACAAUACACAAAAAGCGCGGUCCAGCAAAGAUUCCGCUACCGUUUGGAGAGACGCCUGUGCUGCGUCGCAACAAGGAAAUGCGCAAAUUAAGUGCUGAGAAGUCGAGGAGAAGCUCGUCAGGAAUGAGAGGACGGAGGGCUUCGUCUUUGAUCGAGGCAGGCAGCUCGCGUGCAGGCUCCGAAUUCAACAUCGAAGCUCUGAGACUUGACGAAUCCGACUCCAACCAUGCGGAUUUCGACUUGCGGAAUGAACGGAACAGGAGCUACCAACAAGACGACGAAUAUCGCAUACCGAAGAUCGAAAAAGCUGACUGGGAUUCCGUGGAUACAGCCGUGCCACAUAACCAGGUCGAAACGAACGAGUUCUACAAACACAUUUCCCAGGAUCUGGUCGAGCCGAAACGCAUGAGACAAUUACUCUUGUGGUGCGGCCAUCGCGCGUUGCCGGAGAAGAGUGGCGGUGGUCAAAUGGAUGCGGCUGAGACGGCCGCGAUGCAUGCGGCAAGAGUCAUUCAGGAGGAACUGCUCAACGAAUUCAGCUCGCGGAACAAUCUGAGUUACUGGUACGACAGGGAAGAUACAACGCCGACUGCGCUGGUCAAGAAGCCAAAUCCGAGGAACAUACAGGAUGCCGAGAAAUUGCUCCAGUUGGAGGCAGAACUUGCACGACUACAAGAGGAGAAACGAGCAUGGGACGACCUCCUUUCCUCGACAACACCACCAAACUCCUUAACAGAAACCGUGGACGGCGAAACAUCAUCACAGCCUCAACUCGACAUAUCACCACACGCCAUUAAUCCCGCCCUCCUCGACCCCUCACAAGCCGACCUCCUUCAAGCCCUUCUCUCAGGCAUCUCCCUCAAUACGAACUCCUCCGAACCAUCCACCUCUGCUCAAGCUUCGACAUUAGAGACUACAAAAGCACGCAUCGGCACAAUAGCUUCGACGCUAGAAUUCAAGAUCGACAAACUGGCAGAUGGAGCGCAUAAACUCGAACAAUACAGAGCUGGUGCGCAGAGAUUAGCAGAUCAUGUCUUGGCUGUUGGAGCGGAGAAGCUGGAAGAGAGGAAUAAGAGUGUCAGAGAAAAGACGAGCAAUGGAUCGUCUGGGCAAGUUGACGCGCUAGACAGGUUGAGAGGAUUGAGUCGGGUGUUGAACAAGCGUGGUUGA